AUGUUAGCAAUCUCAAAAGUCGGAAAUGAACAGGGAUUUAACGAUGUUACCAAUGUUAGCGAGGGGGCUGAGGAUGGAGAUGACACCUGUCUUUCGGUAGUCCAGAUGCUCUUUAUUGUGUUCACCGUUGACAAUAAUUGCGAAAGAGUCACCCCUGCAAACAGUUACACCAAUCAGAAGUUCCAUGCAAUCCCGAUUUAUGCUUACUUCAUUGAGUUCCCGCGGCAUCAUACCAAAAAUGAGUCUUUGGCACAUAAACGAACUCUGAGUCAGAGUCUUGCCGACGCAGCCGCUGUGGCGGCUGGUCAUGCUUUAGAUAAUAUUUCUGAUUAG